AAUCUUCAGUAAAUUUUUAGAAACAGCUAAUUUUAGCGAUGAUAAACGAGAACAAAAGGAGUUACAGGAAUUAUGUCAUCGAUUACUUGAAACGACAGCUUCUAUUGCUGCAUCUGCCUUGCAUCAACCAUCAUGGUUUCGUAAAACUUUACAAGUUCGUCAACUCGAUGGUGAUUUGACCAAUUCAUUUACAUAUUCCCAACCUUUAAAUUCUAUCGAUAUAACUGAUCGUAUAUCGCUUUCAGGAUCGGAUGUUUUUGAAUCUAUUAAUAAAUCUGAUCGAUUAGGAAAUGGAUCAUCAGAUUUAGCAAAUUCACAUUCUAUUGGACAACUUAACAAUGCAAGUGAUGUAUUGAAUGAUUUAGAGCAAUCUUCUGUAAAAGAUUUAUAUGAUAAAUCAAUAUCAAUACCAUGGCCUUCAUCAUGUUAUUCGAAAUCACGGCAUUCAUCUGUGAAUUUGUUGUCCAAUGAAAUAACACGUAUCCGAAUGCGUAGCGAUGUGACAAUACAAGCUAUUGAGUUGUUAACAGAGAAUAUGGCUAUAUUUUUGGAUUUAGUGUAUAAAAGUGACGAAAAAGAUCGUGUAACAACAUUUUUAAACAAUAUUUUGUGCAAUAUUUUCCCUUAUCUUCGUGUUCGGACAUUAAGUAAUUCAGAUCAUUUUACUGUAGCCAGUAAAUUAAUUGCAUCCAUUAGUAGUUAUCAAUAUACACGUAAAUCAUGGCGUCGUGAUGUUUUGGAUUUAUUUUAUGAAUCAGUAUUUUUUCAAAUGAGUCCAAUUGCUUUACAAAGUUGGAAUUUAAUCAUUGAUAAUUUAAUGACACAAGAUAAAAGUACAUUUAAAGAAGCAUUAGCCCGUCUUGUAUUCGCUCAACCGGGUGGUUUAAAUUUAUUUACUAGUAAAGAGAGUGAAUAUGAUCUACGUGCUGCCUGUUUGAAAAAAUUAUCUUAUCUAGUAUAUGCAAGUGAACCGGAUCAAUAUGCGAAAGCAAUGCCUGAUUUAUUAGAACGUCUUGCUGAAUGUCUACGUUUAGGUCAAGGUAUAAUUCCAGUGGUUCAUACUCAAGUGUUUUUAUUUGCUCGUGUCUUAAUAUCUCGUAUGUCAGCUAUACAAUUGAAUUCUUUAUGGCCUAUAGUUGUACCAGAAUUGUUCCUCACAUUCAAAUCCCUGUCUCAAGCAAUUCAAGAAUGCGUUUCUAAAAUUCAAUCAAGGAAAGCCAAACCUGAUGCCUCCACAUCGUCGUCAUCAUCAUCAUCAUCAUUUCUGUCUACUACACAAAUGAAUUUGUAUAUUAGUGCUUGUAAAUUGUUGGCUACCAGUUUAUUAUAUCCAGAAUAUAGACUGCCACAAUUUUCCUAUUAUCAAUGGGCAUUUGUCAAAGAUAUAACUUUUGAUAAUUUAACUAACCAAGAGGAAAUGACAAAUGUCUCCACAGUGAAUAACAAUCGAAGAAUAUCGUUUCUUCCGUUCCUUUCCGAUGUUCUAACACAAAUUGAAAAAUUACAAGAAGUUGACAUAUCAAAUGGUAUUGAUAUAACAUCUAUGGAAAAUUCAUCUACUUUAUAUCAAAGUUGUUUCAGUAUUUUGGCUUUAGAUAAACUUGUCAACAUUUAUACACUGAAACCAUUCUUUGAAAGUUUACAUAACAGUUCAAAUGUUGAUUCAUUACGAAAUUCAUUCAAUGAUAUCCCAGUACUUGAUGGCUUCCUUCUUGAACUAGCUAUAGAAGCAUCUUUAGCUCAAGAUUUUCCUGAAACGAUUGCAUCUAGAUAAUAAUAAUAAUAAUAUCCAUUUACAUCUUGAUUAUUAUGAUUAUCAUACUUAUUACACAGAUUUACACUACCUCUUAUCCAAUCAAUGAAAAUUUAAGAAACAACUUUGAAUAUUUCUGUUACUUGGUCUAUUGAAAUCACAUAAUCGAAUUUGUGCACCUAUUGUCUUUCUAACCUUCUCACUUUCUUUAUGGUUUCUUUCUUCGUUUUGUACACAAACAUCUUAAAAUUUAGGAAAUUUUAUUAUACAUUAUGUUGUUGUUUUUGUUUGUUUGUUUGUUUGUCCUAUUGAUUCAUCUAAACACAUUACGUAAUCUAAACCCAUCAUUAAGGCUGUGGCAUUCUCUAUUUCUCAUCUUAGUUGUCGAUUUUCUUUUCUCCAUCCUACUACUAUUACUACUACUAAUACUACUACUGCUACUACAACCACUCAUACUACUACUUUAUAAUGAAUUACCCAUAUAUAUGCUUGUAAGAUUGUUUCUUCCUCUUUAUAUCAUCACUUACUACAUGAUGAACAUUUGUUCUACUAUAAAUACAAUUGCAAUUGCUAUUAUAUUGUAACAUCAACUGGUUUGCUUAAUGUAACAGAAAGACACCAAUUUCCAAAGAAUACGAAAGAUGCAAAGAUAUCAUCAUUCCUAAAUCAUCAAACAAAUGUGAUACAUAAAGGAUCCUAUUUCUUUCCAUUCAACAUUAUUGUUUCAUUUCAAUGUUUAUGUAUUCGUUUCUAUGUGAAUAUAUUAUUAAAGUAUAUGAUGAGUAUGUUUUAUUGUAAAGGGAUUCUAUUUCUUCUGAAGGCAAUGCUUUAUUCAAUACAUCAUUGAUCGAUAAGUAAAAAAUCACAUAUGAG